CGGGACGGGGCGGAGAGCUCCUCUCUCCGCCGUCUAGGCUGGGGGAGGCCGUUUUGGCGGGCUCCCGGCGGGGAGCGGGGCUCGAGCGAGGAUACGCACCCCGCUGGGCGGCCUCCCUAGCGCUCCUGCUCCCUCAUUGCCCCGCCUGAGGGGAGGGGAAGGUACCCUGCAUCUUACCCAGCGCCCCUGGACGAGACACCAACGAUUGAUGCAGAGAUCAUAGAAUGAGCUGUACUGUUCCAUGCAAGCUGACACAUGCGUCAGUGUCACCAUUAUCUAAGAGGAUGAUUUGGAGGGUCACUUUAUCAUGUAUCAUAAGAAAUUUGAAGAGGACUAUCCAAAAAAACCAAUAGUUUUCAAAAGUGAGACCACUACAGUGUCCUAACUGAGACAGUUGGAAGGUCACAGGCAGGACUGAAGAAAAAGUUCAGUUUUUCUUUUGGAGUGUACUGAGGGUGAGUGAAGAGGUGGAGGAAACAAAGAGCUUUUUCUUCAGAUAGUCAUGUAAUUUGAUCUAUAAACUGACUCAGCCCUUCUAAAAUCAGCUGCUUCCAACAACCUGUGGGAGGUAGUAAGCUCAGUACCGAAGUAGAUACAAUGACUUCCUCAUUUUUUUACUAUUAAUUUAUUCUAAAAAGAAAACUGACAAGACUAGUGAAAUGAAUUAUUCCUGGACCUGGUUAUAAAAAGAGUGUUUGCUAAAUAUUUUGCGAGACCUGACAGCUCAAAAUCAGCAGAACAAACAGCCCAACAAAUUGCAGUUGAUCAACUGGUUUGUACUGAGCAGCUGAUUUCAAAUUUGCGAAGACAAACUUUCUGCCAAACAACAACAACAACAACAACAAAUGAAAAGAGCCAGACAAAUCUGGCUUUUAAGGAAGAGAGAACUUCACUUCUAGAGCAUGGUACAUUCGUUUUCGAAGCCAUGAAAGUGCAUUAAAAGGUGCAACUGAUCCUUUAUUCCAGAAAUGGAAAAGACAGGAGCAAACCAGAGUUCCCAGGAUAGAUGUGGAGAGGGCAUCUUGAAGAGAUCCCCAUUUCAGUUGAUUAUGAACCAGAUCAAAAGGAAGAAAUCCUCUGUGGAAAAGGGAAAACAUCAGUGCUCAUCAGGCACUAGAUUCUUCAGGGGUUUACACACUGGGAAAUCUGAUGGCGAAAGCAAAGGAGAAGGUGAAAGAGCAGAAAUCGAUAACUCUAGACCAGAUAAUCAGAAUGAGAAGCAAGCUCCCUGUGUAGCAGAUGAACCUCCACAUCUCAUUUCCAAAACAAACACAACAUCUUGUAUGUGGCGCAUUCUGCAGUUCAUGCAGAAACUAGGUAAGAAGCCCAACAGCAAGAAUAUAGACCUAAAUAAUUGUGCAUUAGAUGUAACAGAUUUAAUGGAGCUGGUUCCUGCGUUACCUUUUCUACCAGAGCUGGAGGAGCUCAAUCUUUCCUGGAAUGAUCUUGUAGGAGGGGCUCUGAAACCCCUUGCUCUUCGGCUCCAUCAUAUGAGCAAGUUAAAAAUCCUCCAACUAAACAACUGCAGGUUGACAGCUGAGGAUGUUACUACUUUAGGAGAGGCACUUGAAACCAUUCCUCACCUUGAAGAAUUGGAUUUAUCCUGGAAUAAUAACAUAGGUGGAAAACUAUCCCUCUUGACCAAAAGAUUCCAGACAGGCUGCAAGAUCAAAAUCCUAAAACUUACAGAUUGCAGUCUAACAACAAAAGAUGGAGAAUCUCUAGCUGAGGUUCUAAAUGUCAUCCAUGACCUUGAAGUAUUAGAUAUUUCUUUUAACAGAAACAUUGGCUGCAGUCUGAAGAGUAUUGCUCAGGAAUUGAAAAAUGUGCCAGUUUUGAAAGAAUUAAAUUUGCACAUGUGUGGAUUAAAGCAAGAUGACUUCCAGUAUUUAGACAGGGCUUUCCAGUACUUACCAGAGCUAAACAAAUUAGACCUAUCGUGCAAUAAAGAGAUUGGUGGAGGGUUUAAGGACUCAGCAACUCAUUUGGCCAGUUUUAAAGACCUAGAAGUCCUGGAUCUCCACCAGUGCUGUGUAACAGAAGAGGACAUGGUGGUUCUCACACAGGUGAUACCUUUACUCUCGAGUCUUCAGGAGCUGAAUUUAUCAUCCAAUAAAAACAUUGGAGUGUCUUCCAACUAUCUUUUUAGCAGGCUCAGAUUUUUACCAAAGUUGAAAUCUGUGGUCGUCAGCAGUUGCUCUUUAGGGGAAGAUUCUUUUGCGUCACUAGCUGAGACUGCCCUUCACCUCCCUGAACUGGAGAUAUUAGACCUUUCUUGGAAUAAAUGCGUUGGUGGGAACCUAAAGCUGCUUUUGGAAGCACUAAAGCUUGCAACGGAGAUUCGAACGUUGAGACUGAGCAGCUGUAACUUGGUGGCUGAGGAUCUGACUCUUUUAGCAUUAGAGGCCCAAGGUGGUCAUCUAGCCAAAUUACAGAAGCUAGACCUGAGUUAUAAUGACACUGUUUCUGAUGAAGGAUGGGCCACUUUCUUUCAAGGCUUAACUGCACUCAAGGAACUUUCAGACUUGGAUGUCAGUCUUCGGCCAUCAUCUUGUCGUGACUGUGGAAUGUGGUUCAGCAAGUUGCUAACAGAUUUGUCAAAGCUGCCUGCAUUCACAGAGAUAGGGAUGCAAAGGUGGGCCCUUCCGGAAUCACAGCAGGGGCAAAUACAAAGCUUUAAUCAGGACACUAAAAGGAAUGUUCACUUUGACUAUUGAUACAGGGCCUGGGUUUCUGAAAAGACCUUUCCAAGUAGCACAUGCAUUAUGUAUUCUGGGAUUCUGAGUCAGAAAAUAGCUUUUUUUUUUUUAACUAGAAAUCUGUUUUCAUUGUGUCUCUUGAAAUAGUUGCGAACUACACCGUUGUUUAACCUGUGAAAUACGCAGAUAAACUCCAAAUGUCUGGGUAUGUAAGGAAGGUCUGUCUUGUAUACAUAUCUAACUGUUUUUAAUAAGCUACAUUUAAAAUGUGAGCCUCUUCUGCCUCAUUUGUGGUAAUGCCCUUUGUCAUAAAUAUAAAGGGAAGGGUAAGCACCUUUAAAUCCCUCCUGGCCAGAGGAAAAACCCCUUUCACCUGUAAAGGGUUAAGAAGCUAAGACAACCUUGCUGGCACCUGACCAAAAUGA